AUGGCUUCCAAACCUGUGACCUUGACGGUCAAAUCGAGAGGCAAGCGUAUCCCAAAGCUUCCCAAGGAGACGAGCAUCUACAUUCAAGGCACUGGAGCCGAUCUAUACAGCCGGCUGGCCAACGAGGCCAAAUUCUCUAUCCAUCGCUUGCGCAUCACCAAGGAAGAUGGCACCCUCAUCCCAAACAACAGGGACACCACUAUCAGCAGCCUGGAUCUCAAGGAAGGAAGCGUCGUCCAGGUGAAGGAUCUUGGCGUACAAAUCGCAUGGCGGACUGUAUUCAUCAUCGAGUAUCUCGGACCACUCCUCAUCCACCCGCUGUUCUACUACCUCCGCCCAUACAUCUACAGCGGCGUCACCAGCGAGCCAUCCAAGCUUCAGACGAUUUCGUGCAUCCUGAUCACCCUGCACUUCGUCAAGCGUGAGUUCGAGACGCUCUUCGUCCACCGCUUCAGCAAUGCCACCAUGCCCGCCAUCAACAUAUUCAAGAACUCCGGCCACUACUGGCUCCUGUCUGGAUUCCUCAUCGCCUACUUCACAUACGGACCCAACUCGCCCACAGCGGCAGAAAGCAUCCCCGCGUUGACCUACGGCGCCAUCGCACUCUACGCUUUUGGCGAACUUGCCAACCUCAACACCCACCUCAUCCUCCGAUCACUGCGCUCACCUGGUGGAACCGAACGAGGAGUUCCGAAAGGAUUCGGUUUCGGCUGGGUGACAUGUCCGAACUACUUCUUCGAAUUCCUCGCAUGGACCGCAAUCCUACUCGUCAACCGCUCAUGGUCGACGGCCGUCUUCGCGGUCGUAGCUUCGGCACAGAUGUACGUCUGGGCCGUCAAGAAAGAGAAGCGUUACCGGAAGGAGCUUCCUGGAAAGUACAAGAAGAAGCGCUUCGCCAUGUUCCCGGGCAUCAUGUAA